GGCGGACCCCACCGCACCGGAUCUUUGUGGGCAUCGCCCCGAUUGCCUCGCGGCGUGGCCAGUGCUACUAGUAGGCGCCCAAUUCCCAAAUAGGCGCCCAAUUCCCAAAACCAACACCCACGCAGGCGGCGCCGGCAGGAGAGAAACAAGGUGCCGAGACAGAGCAAGUGAUCCCACCCGCCGCCGCCGCCAUCGCCAUGCAGGCCCCGCUCCGUCCGGCCCACCCCGUGCCGGGCUUCGCCGACUCCCGCCUCCCCUCUACCAACGACGGCCAGGGCCGCCUCUUCUACCCCGGCUGCAUCCCCCUCUCCUUCUCCCCGAGCCCCAGGCCGUCGCCGCUCGCCACCCCCUUCACCCCGAGCCCCAGAUCGCCCACCUCCUCCUCCUCCUCCUCCGGCACCCUCCUCGACGACGCCGGUGGCGACGAUGCGGUCGCGACGGAGCACCGCGCCGUGCUCCACUACAAGACGGCGCGCAACGACCACCACGACCGCUGCGUCGCCCUCCUCACCGACGCCGCGCGCGAGGCCGACGCGCUCCGCCUGCAAAAUGAGAAGCUCCGCGAGGUCAACUGCGACCUGGCCUGCCGCUUCGCCAGGCUCGGCAACGACCAGGCCGCCUCAAGCCUCCUCCUGCUCGGGCAGAUGCCGGCCACCCCGGCGGGGAAGCACGCCCGGAUGCCCAAGAGCAUCUCCAUCCGCCGGUCGACUGGGAGCGGCGGCGGCCACGCCAAGGGUCUGCUCACCAACGACAUCGUCACGGGCUGCAGGAGGAGGAGGGUGCCAAGGAGCUGCGAAGCGGUGCUGAGAUGAUCAGGUCGAGCAUGAUGCGCAUGAUGGAGAUGUGCACCGCGGCGAGGGUGCCGAUCGGAGGAGAUUGAAGGGCUGCAAAACCUCGUUGGCUGGAGCUGGGCGACCUUACGAUCAUGUGGUGGCGUUUUGGUUCUUUUGUGGAUGUAUCAUGUCUCUGUCUGUAGCUAAAAACUUAUGGGUGUUUGCUGUGGAUAUUCGGUGCUGUCUAGGUUUUCGCCCCAUGACAUUCGUUUCGAUGACGGGCGAAUGUAGUGGGUUUCCUGGCAGUGCCCGGACUCGCUUUACCUCUUUCCCUCCUUCUGACA